AUGGCCUCUGCGGCAGCGGCAGCAGCAGCAUCAAUGACUGAAACAGCGCCUGAUGUUGAUGAAUGCGCCAGCGAAAUUGGUGCUACUGAUGACAUUUGCGUGGUUGAAAUGCUGCAGCCGAACGACACUGUCAGAAACAAUAAACCACACAGCAGCCCCUGCUGCACCAGGAGCCAGAGAGCUACAAGGGACGCCUGUCGCCGGCGUGGCAGCGUGGGCGGUAAAUGUAUUUGGCCUGCCACUGACUGGCUGCGCAAGUUGCGCAACAAUCAGUCACAGCCGCAGCAGCUGCCGCAGCUGCUGGAGCAACAGCAGCAGGAGCUGGAGUCGCACACCAGACGCAGCAGCGUGCUGCUCAUGGUGCUGCUCAGCGGCAACGAGAUGGAGGCCAAGGCGGUGGUUGUCAGCGAACAGAAGUCCCUGCAGAAAACGCCGCAACGCUUGUCCCGAUCCCAUGCCGACGACCUAGACGAAGCUAUCGAUGCGCUGUGGCUGUAAAUUGAGCACGCCCACAACAGUUACAAACACAAACACAAACACAAGCCCAACUACAACCACUCUCUUUACACUUAUAGUACUUAAGGAUUAGCUAGCUCUUAAGACCAAUCACAGAUUUGUAGAGCGCCCAUUGCUCCAUUUUGGCCAGCGUUGCAUGCACGAAUCGAGCCCCUCGCGCGUGCAGCGCUCCGCCAAAGUGUCCUUGCGGCGUCAUCUGACAAUUGGUGAUUCGUAGGUUUUAUCUAAGUGAUACUUGACAUAGUUUAUUAGCCAGUAAGCGUAUGUAAUACACACCAAAUAUUAUUUCUAGUUCGGCCUGGCCGGAGGAUGAGCCAAGCGAGAUGCCUUUGAGUUUUCCAGAGAACUUGGUUUACCUUGGUCAUAAGUAAACGACUUAAGCUAUCUUUUAUAUUAUGAUAAAUUAACCUAAUAAAAUAUGAUUUAAUGUAACUCUCGA